AUGGCAGCUGUAGCGAACGAACGCGAACAAGGAGUCGAUGCUGGACCCGUUGAGAAUCUUCUUCAUCAGUCAACCACUCUGACACAGCGAGCCAUCAAUGCAAUUCGAUCGGCAGAAAGUGCAAAAGCAGACCUCCGUAAUGACCUUACUUCACUCACGACUUCGUUCGACAAAGCUAUUCAGAAGAGUCUUGCUUUGAUUGAUAGAUUGGACGAGUCAGUUUAUUCUGGAAGGAUUGAUAAUGCGAAGAAGAGAGCGAAAGUCGAAAAAGAAGCGAAAAAUCUGAUUGAGAAGGCUCAUUCUAAUCCGUCCGAUAAUGCUGACUUGGGCCUCUAUGAGCGUACUAUGGAUGUCUUAAGGGAUUCUGCGAUUGGCUUGCAUCGUGAAUAUUUCAACUAUGAGGAGACUGUGGAUGCAAGAGAUAUUCUCGCUCAGCUUUGUAAUAAACUGCCUAUGUUUCGCUCUUCAUUCAAUAAACACCGCUUCUUUCAUGUUCUGGAAUACACGUACCGUACCAAUGCUUUGGAAAGGUCUUUAGCCGAAAAACAAGCUGCAUUGGACGCAGGUGGAAUGGAUACGCUCAGUAACAUUCUGAACAAAAUCUCUGAGUCGUUGGAUAAGCUAAAAACCUCUAAUAGCGAUCUUGAUGCACCAGCAGCAGAUAUAGAGAAGACUUUGAAUGAAAUGAAGGAGAAAUUAGCUAAAGGAAUUUAUGGACCAGAUAAUCCAAGCAAGCCUCCAUACGAGACAGCAAUCGCAAAUCAUCCCCGCAUUGUCGCAGCUACAACGUCUGGAUACACAUUGUAGAAAAAGCUAUUGACAGUUGUAAUUCGAAACAUUCGCUCGAUACAAAGUCAUCGUAAAUGC